GGGUCUCUCUGAUCUAGGGUUUUAGAGUCGUCUUUGGCGAUCAUUUCGGGUUUUGGCCAUCUGGGUCUCGUUCACCGUUGUUGAUAUUUGAAGUUUUGAACCCUUUUGAGGGAUUUCCCUGGAGAUUAAUCUUUGAACUAUAGUGGUUAUUGAACUUAUUGUAGUAGAUUAUUUUAGGCUUUGGAGUUUGAAUGGCUCGGUUGGUUUUGCCAUGCAAAGGUUCGAGUUUGACAAGGACGGGUCUAUUGGGUUUGAUCUCCACUGCUCCUCUUCAGGCUAAAGGCCGUGUUAGUCUUUUGGAGAAACCAGCAAACAAUAUUUCUAGAUAUAGACGCUUUCUUAAUUCAGAGGUUUUGUGCCAAAGGAAUUGUCGAAUUUCAUAUCUUUCGUUUUCUAGGGCGAAGCAAACCAACAGGAGGCUGAUUUGUUCGGUUGCCACAGAAACCUUGCAAAAGCCAAUUGAAGAACCCAGAAUGGAUUCGCGAAAAGAAGUCUUUUUGAAGGACUAUAAGAUGCCUGAUUACUAUUUUGAUACGGUGGAUUUGAAAUUUUCUUUGGGGGAAGAGAAGACAAUCGUUAGUUCAAAAAUAUCUGUGUUCCCUAGAGUUGAAGGUUCUUCGUCGUCUCUGGUUUUGGACGGAGUAGAUCUAAAGUUGGUCUCUAUAUCCGUCAAUGGAAAGGAACUUAAGGAGGGUGAGUACCAGUUGGACUCACGCCAUUUGACACUCCCAUCACCACCGAGCGGUACAUUUACUAUGGAAAUUGUUACCGAGAUAUAUCCUCUCAAGAACACAUCAUUAGAGGGGCUUUACAAGUCAUCGGGGAAUUUCUGUACACAAUGUGAAGCUGAGGGUUUCCGGAAAAUUACAUUUUAUCAAGACCGCCCUGAUAUAAUGGCAAAAUACACAUGCCGCGUUGAAGCUGAUAAGUCAUUGUACCCAGUAUUGUUGUCUAAUGGAAAUCUCAUAGAACAGGGCGAGCUGGAGGGUGGUAGACAUUUUGUCCUCUGGGAGGAUCCCUUCAAGAAACCUUGCUACUUGUUUGCCUUGGUUGCUGGACAGUUGGAGAGCAGAGAUGAUACAUUUAUUACCCGUUCUGGUCGGAAGGUCUCCCUAAGGAUCUGGACCCCAGCACAAGACCUACCCAAGACUGCUCAUGCCAUGUAUUCACUUAAGGCAGCAAUGAAAUGGGAUGAGGAUGUGUUUGGUCUUGAGUAUGACCUGGAUCUCUUUAAUAUUGUGGCUGUUCCAGAUUUUAACAUGGGAGCCAUGGAAAACAAGAGUUUGAAUAUAUUCAAUUCCAAGCUUGUCUUGGCAUCUUCAGAAACUGCUACUGAUGCAGAUCAUGCAGCAAUCUUGGGGGUUAUUGGCCAUGAGUACUUCCACAACUGGACUGGCAACAGAGUGACAUGUCGUGACUGGUUCCAGCUUAGCCUAAAGGAAGGUCUCACUGUUUUCCGAGAUCAGGAAUUUUCAUCUGACCUGGGAAGCCGUACUGUAAAGCGGAUUGCUGAUGUAUCAAAGCUUAGGAAUUAUCAGUUUCCACAGGAUGCUGGUCCCAUGGCUCAUCCUGUACGGCCACAUUCAUACAUUAAGAUGGACAACUUCUACACAGUGACGGUGUAUGAAAAGGGAGCUGAAGUUGUCAGGAUGUACAAAACCUUACUGGGGAGUCGAGGGUUCCGAAAAGGCAUGGAUCUUUAUUUCAAGAGGCAUGAUGCGCAAGCUGUUACCUGUGAAGAUUUUUUCGCUGCCAUGCGAGAUGCAAAUGAUGUUGAUUUUGCUAAUUUCUUACUAUGGUACUCCCAAGCUGGGACCCCUCGUGUCAAAGUGACAUCAUCUUACAAUGCUGAAACUCGUACUUUUUCUCUGAAGUUCAGUCAAGAGGUACCACCAACUCCAGGACAACCAGUGAAAGAACCCAUGUUCAUCCCUGUCACUGUAGGUUUGCUCGACUCAACAGGCAAGGACAUCCCUCUCUCCUCUUUGUAUCACAAUGGAAUAUUGCAGUCUGUUGCAAGUAACGAGCAUCCAGUAUAUACUACAAUUCUUCGAGUGACCAAGAAAGAAGAAGAGUUUCUGUUUUCUGAUAUAUCUGAGAGGCCAGUUCCAUCUAUAUUGCGGGGCUACAGUGCUCCUGUUCGUCUUGAAUCUGAUCUCACUGACAGCGAUUUGUUUUUCCUUCUUGCUCAUGAUUCUGAUGAGUUCAACCGUUGGGAGGCUGGACAAGUGCUGGCACGCAAGCUGAUGCUCAGCUUGGUGUCUGAUUUCCAACAAAAGAAGCCAUUGGUUCUGAAUCCAAAUUUUGUGCAAGGGCUCAGAAGCAUACUUUCUGACUCAAGCUUGGAUAAAGAAUUUGUUGCCAAGGCAAUCACUCUACCUGGUGAAGGGGAAAUAAUGGAUAUGAUGGAAGUUGCAGACCCUGAUGCUGUUCAUGCUGUUCGUGCUUUCAUCAGGAAGCAGCUUGCCUGGGAACUUAAAUUGGAGUUGCUCAGCACGGUUGAAAAAAAUAGGAGCUCAGAAGACUAUGUGUUUGACCAUUCUAAUAUGGCAAGGCGUGCUUUGAAGAACGUUGCUCUAGCAUAUCUUGCAUUACUUGAAGAUUCCAAGUAUACCGAGCUUGCACUGCAUGAGUACAGAACUGCCACAAAUAUGACUGAGCAAUUUGCAGCUUUGGCGGCCAUAGUCCAGAACCCUGGUGAAACUCGUGAUUAUGUUCUGGCUGACUUCUAUAGCAAGUGGCAGCAUGAUUUUUUGGUUGUGAAUAAAUGGUUUGCCCUUCAAGCCAUGUCUGACAUUCCUGGCAAUGUUAAGAAUGUUACGAGCCUUUUAAACCAUCCUGCAUUUGACCUGCGUAAUCCAAACAAGGUAUAUUCACUCAUCGGAGGUUUUUGUGGGUCUCCCGUAAAUUUCCAUGCAAAGGAUGGAUCAGGCUACAAGUUCUUGGGAGAAAUUGUGCUGCAGCUAGACAAGAUAAAUCCUCAGGUGGCAUCCCGCAUGGUGUCGGCCUUCUCUAGGUGGAGGCGUUAUGAUGAAACCCGGCAAAACCUUGCCAAGGCACAGCUGGAGAGGAUCAUGUCCACCAAUGGACUGUCGGAGAAUGUAUUUGAGAUUGCCUCAAAAAGCUUGGCUGCUUAGCUGUGUUUGGGUGAAAAAGUGCCAAGAAUGUGUUGCCAUCGCUAGUGGUGUAUGAAAAAUAAUAUUUUCUGUCACGUUUUGGUGUACCUCCAUAAAAAACUGUCUUUUUUUGGCAGUAGGAACGCUUCCUCAAUGUCAAAAUGUCUACAUAUGAAGUGUGUUUUUGGAACAUCUGAUCAAUUAUGAAGUGUUUUUUUCAUGUGAAA